AUGCCCUCGCCCGACCCUCCUGCCCCAGCGAUACGACCCUUCCAACCACCCAUCACGGCGCUCCUCAUCUACCCAGCGACCCUAAUCGUGGGCUCACUCUUCUCAGUCCUCUCUCCCACCGCGCAAGGCACGCGCGAUGACGGUUCCAGCACCCUCCACCCACACGCCGAGCCCCUAGCCCCGUCCAUCGCGUCGGACCUCAACCUCUCCUUCCCUCCGCCGCGCCGCGUCAACUACUUCGCCCGCAAAGACAACAUCUUCAACCUAUACUUUGUCAAAGUCGGCUGGCUCUGGACCACCGCCGCCCUCGCUUUUAUCCUACUCUCCCAGCCCGCCUACACCCUCGCCGCCAGCCACCGCGCCCGACGCACUGGCCAGGCCGUCCUCCGCUACGUCCUCGCCACAACAGUAUGGUACCUCACGACGCAAUGGUUCUUUGGCCCGCCGAUUAUUGACCGCAGCUUUGUGCUGACGGGUGGGAAAUGUGAGCAGGCGGUGCCGCUAGCGGAGAACGAGCCUGCCGCGGCAGAUGUCAAGACGCUGCUUACGGCUGCGGCGUGUAAACAUGCUGGUGGGGCGUGGAAGGGUGGUCAUGAUGUUAGUGGGCAUGUAUUUUUGUUGGUGUUGGCGACGUCGUUGGUUGUGUUUGAGUUGGUGGGUGGUAGUCAUGGAUGGGGGAAGGGAGGUGGUGUAAAUGUGAAUGGGUCGGCGGAGAAGGAGGAGAUUGACGGGGCUGUUGAUUGCCCUCGGCACGGUUUAUACGAUUUACAUCCUGCCUCGACGGGUCUUGCCAUGGAGGAAUGUGGUAGGAUUGCCGGGUGUCUGAGUAUACAUGAUAUGAUUAUGGCAUGA